UUUAUACACCCCUGUGUGUUCACAUCACAUACUACUGCACACACGAUGAGGAAGAUGUCAAGCUGAUGGUUGUAUUUUCUGCAAGCUAAGGUUUCUGAUAAUGACUUGAGACAUUUUUUAAGGGAUUAGCAGCAUUCACUUCUUCUGAAGUGUGAACACAGACAGGGGCCUCACUUUCCUCAUAUGCCAACAAAGAUGGUAUAGGCAAGACUGAUCUCUGGAGGCAUGGCAGCAGUUCAAAGAUCUGCCUUUGUGGACCCAAAUCUGGGGUCAGGCCCGGACGAGGAUGAAAUCUCAUUGUUGGAAGAAGAGUCGGACUCUGGAAGCUUGUUGUCCGAUGAUUCUGUUCUUCCGGAUUAUGAACAAGAGGAAAGGAAAAAAGGAACUGCCAACACACUAUAUGAGGCUUGUGUCCAAAAUGACCCAGAGGCACUGAAGAGAGUGUUGGAACGAGGUGUGACCUAUGAUGAGGUCAUGGAAGUUGACCUUAAUGGCAGGAAUGGACUGAUGGUGGCUGCAUAUAAAGGCUUUCUUCCAGUUGUUUACGAGUUGCACGGCUGUCCACAUCUGGAUAUUAACCACCAAGACAAUGAAGGCAACACUGCUUUAAUGAUCGCAGCUCAAGCUGGUCAUGUCUCCAUAUGUAACUACAUCAUGAAUUACUUCCCUGGAGCAGAGACAGAGAUCAGAGACUACAGAGGAUUCACUGCCCUCAUUAAAGCUGCCAUACAGGGCAGGAAUGAUGUGGUGGCAGCUCUUAUAAUGCACGGUGCUGAUGUAAAGGCUGUAGACUCCAACCGUGGUAAAUGUGCACGUGACUGGGCACUGAAAACAGGUCGCUUUGACACGCUGAAUCGUCUGCGUCACCUUGCGCUCCAUCCCACAGCUGAACAGUUCUGUGACACCUACGUUCCAGAGUGGCCCAACCUUAAGGUGCUGGUCAGCAAAGCAACAGCCAAUAAGAGUGCCAGCCAGAAGCUGACCCAUCAUCUCAAGGGUACUUUUGGUUUCAGUUUCCCACGUGACCCGCAGGAAAAUGGUGUCAUGGAUCACAUGGUGCGAAUGACCACCAGCCUACACAGCCCGCUCAUAGCCACGGCCACACGGCCGCUGUGCCCAAGCAGCCCUCCACAGAUGGGUAAACGUCGGCUUGCUGUGGCUGAACUGAUGCAGAAGUACUCACAGAAGCAGCUGGAGGAGAGUUCACUGUGCCAUCGAAACAGCUCCAUCUCCUUCAUUUCUUCUUCUGUCCACUCGGCUGAGUCUGUCUCUUUGUCCUGCUGUGCCGAUACAGAGAGACGCGGCAGUGUGCUGUCCAUUGCUCAGUCUGGAAUGCGCACAUUCAUUCCUCGUAGUAUGGCAUCAAGGCGCAGUAGCAUCUUCCCCUCUGGCUGUAUCCCACAGAUUGAAGUUACUAAAUCCUCUGAGCCCACCCCAAAAAAGGAGAAGAAGAAAAAAAAGCAGAAAGGUUACCUGGAGCCUCCAAAGUGGAAGUAUAAGGAGGCCAAGGAUGAGAAGAAGAAAGAGAAGAAAGUAUUGAAGGAAAAGGAAGAGAAGGAAAAGGAAAAGGAGAAGAAAAGCAAAGACAAGGAUAAAGGAAAAAGGAAAAAGGAAAAAGCGUGAUGACUAAGAUGGGCUUUCUGAACCCUCAGUAAGGUUGUAGAUGCCUUCAGUGUAAUUGUGUGUGGGGAAAUGCUUGAUGACAGAUUCAGUAAAGCAAUGCAGUGAAGAACGCAUGGGCCCUGAAAAGAGGAAGUGCAUUUUGAAACCUCAGUGGUGCAUUCCUGUCUCACGAAAAUCCCUUCCAACUUCCUAUCAGGGCAAUUUAUCUAUGACGGUUUAAGUCAGUCUUAUAGGCUUUAAGGUCUCUGAUUGGAUGACUUACGUGUAGAAUAAUUCCUGAAAGAGUGCUGUAUGUAAAUAAUCACAUACAGUACAUCAUCAGAACUGAAUAGUGCUUUUUCAGAAAAAAAAAACACAGUUACAUUAACCACAGUUUACUUGCAAAAUUACUGUAUCCCACAGCAAUUAGGGUUAUGUGCAACAAACUUCUGUAAUCAGGUUACAUCAUUUCCAGAUCAGAUUUCUUUUGUAUGUGCUUUCUUAAAUAUGGAGUUUUUUCACUCAAGAUGCCUUUGAAGCAAAUAUACCACUCAUAACAAAUGUCAAUCACAAACGCAGAUUGCUAUCUAAAAAAUAUAUAUUUUUCUUCUUCUCACUAAAAUUUGGAUAUUAAAACUGAAUAAAUUCCUGCAAUAAAAACAAAUAGCUAAGUUACAUUAAAAGUUCAUAGAUAGCACUCCGUUCAUACUGCUAUUAAUACUUUCUUGACAAGCGGAUGCAACGAGACCAGCUUUGCGGUUUGGUCAGAUGACAACAAAAUACCCUAUUCACCUCCUAAAAAACUAAAAAACUAUUUUUUGCAACUACUGUACUUUCAGAAAAAGUACAAUGCUAUAAGGUACAUUCUUGUACCUUAUUUACCUCCAUCUACUACAUAUUAUGCUACAUAUUAGUAACUUAAAGGCAGUGGUUCUGAACUUUGUUCCUGAGGAGAUCCUUUGUAUGUCUCUCUUGUCUAACACACUCAGUUCAGUUGAUGGAUUCUCUUCUAAUGAGCUGAUGAUUUCAAUCAGGUGUGUUAAAGAAGGAAGAUAUACAAAUAAUAUUGAUGAUGUAUUAUGUUUGUAAAUGUGUAUGAUUGUAUUGUAACAUACUGUAAAUAUGAUUUAAUAAACUAUGUAAACCGA